GCACAGAAAACGAGAAAGCCAAAAAACAUAAAAUACAAUCCUACAGUGCCAUCACCAGGUUGAUUUGAAUAUAUUCACCACUAUCUUCCCUCCACCCACUCUCUUUUUCCUUGCUCAUGCUUUGGUCACGCUCUCGUGCUGCCAGAACACUGCUUCUCUUCCUUGGACUUCUACGUUACUGAGUGAAAAACAAAAACAAAUGGCUUUUGCCUCAAGCAAUGUAUCAAAUUCCAGCAUCAGCAAUGGGGGGCAGCAAAAAGACAGCAUGGAUUAUAUCCAGAUCUUGGUUUUAAUCACAUACAUAGUGGUGUUUGUGCUUGGCACAAUUGGCAAUGGACUGGUCAUUUAUGUGACUGGCUACAAGAUGAAAAAAACUGUCAACUCCAUCUGGUUUCUCAACUUGGCCCUGGCAGACUUCCUCUUCACGUUUUUCCUUUUAGUGUCCAUUGCAUCAGUCCCUCAUAAGGGCUGGCCAUUUGGUCUCUUCUUGUGCAAAUUUAAUACCUUCAUCUCUGUACUCAACAUGUUUGCUAGCAUCUUCCUGCUGACGGCCAUCAGUUUGGACCGUUGUCUGGCCACGUGGGUGAUCGUGUGGGCCCAGAACAAACGUACUCCACUCAAAGCCAGGAUAGCAUGCUUGGCUAUAUGGAUGGGAGCCAUCGCCUGUAGCAUCCCUUUCGCCACUUAUCGUACUCUGAAUACACAUGGAAAUAUCACGCACUGUAGCCCUCUUCCUAAUCUCGAGGUCCUUAUGAACCUGACCGUGUUCCGGUUUGUGAUAGGCUUUCUUGUUCCCUUCAUCAUCAUCAUCUGUUCAUACAUAGCGAUUGCAGUAAGAGCUCAACGCCUCCAGAGGCACAAAAAGAUUCGACCCUUCAGAAUCAUCCUGACGGUGAUCCUCGCUUUCUUUAUUUGCUGGCUUCCUUUCCACAUCUACUCUUUUUGUUUUCUGAGCAGCAUUACAGGAAACUGGAGUUUUGAAGCUAGAAAAGCUCUUGACAUUGCUGGACCCUUCAUUGUAAAUCUGGCCUAUCUGAACAGCUGCCUGAACUCAAUCCUGUACGUGUUCAUGUGUGAAGAGUUCAAGACCAAGCUCAAGCAGUCCCUGUGGAUGGUGCUGGAGAGUGCUUUUGCAGAGGAACACCUGGGCUUCCUCACCCCUCGUCAGUCCAUCAGCUCUCGGCAGUAAGGAUCCCACAUCCAGAUGAAAAAAAACAGUCACUGAUCACAGGACAUUGCGCACAUUAUGCUACUCACAGGACAUUAUUGGUGAGAUGUUUAAACACUCCAGCAGCACUGCUGUGUCAUAUCAGCACAGCACACACUACUGACACACCACCACCUUGUCACUGUACACCCAAAUACCUGAUCUGUGGUGGUCCUGUGGGGUCCUGAAGUCCAUUGAAGUAUAUGGUCAUAAUAGGAGCAUAAUAACUUAAUAAUAAUUUGUAAUUUGUAGAGAAACAGACGGACCACAGUCUGUAAUUAUAGAUCUACAAAGUGCUCAAAUCUGGAAGGUGAACCUGAUAAAAUUGAUUGAGUUAUGCAGAAACAAGUAUCAUAUUUUUCGUACUGUUUUUGUUCGUAGGUUUAUUUUCAUACAUAAGGCUUACUGGAUUAUAAGGCGCAUUUUAUGUGGCACUAGUAUCUAGUAACUAGUAGUAGGAACAGGGGUGUCACCAUGUUUUUCUUCUGCAUUCAGCAGGUCUGGCCACUGGGGGGCGAGACCUGUAAAGCUAAGCUAAAUUAAGUAAACAAAACUGUAAUUCUUAAAAGAAAAACAUUUUAGAUGAGUCUGACAAGUCAAACCAGCGCUACACAGAUUUAUCUCCUGAAAACUGUUUAAUUGGGUGAGUAAAGUGCUUCUGUUUAUUUACAAUAAGCUUAUAAUUACAGAUUUUCAUUAAAGCAGAAACAUAAGCAUUAGUGGCUAACCGCAAGCGUUUAGUGUCUAAUGCCACCCAACAGAGCUACACUGAGGAACCCUGAGUGUUCUGGUAAACCAGGGCGAUAUUAGCUAGCUGAUUGUCCCAUGUUGCUUGUUUUAACAUAAUAAACGUGCAGGCUACAGUCUAAAAUACUCACCUCUGAACGACCAAAGAGCUAGCUUGGUGAGUGGCCAAUGCUAAUGCUGCUACAGCAGUGCUAUCCGGGGUUAACAGCAGGCUACAAGCUGACAAUAUUCUCUUCUGAACAGCAAAAGAUUUUGCACUGGUUUGUGUAAGUUCAGUGUCUUCAGCUUGUCAGUUUGCGUGAGUGUUGCCUCUGGGGAGUAGUGGGCGGGGCAGACAACUCUCUCCAUUGUUUUUUCAUAUAAUAGGACUGUGAUUUUUAAAUUCUUGCUGUCAUUUAGUACAUACUGCUUAUUGAAAAUCAAUGUAUUAUUCUUUAAGGAAACAUGAAUUAUGUGUAACUCAUAUUUUUUAAGUGGUCUCUUUUUUUGCUUUAUACAUUGUAUUAAAUAAUGUAUUUUUCUUUUUUUUGCAUUUUUAUUAAAUACAAAAUAUAUGACUGGCACAUUCUUUUACGUACUCUAAAUUAAUCAUGUUUUUACUUCAGUGUAUAAUCAAAAAUGUUUUGCUGGCCAGACUAUUUUAAACUAUUUUGUAUAGAGCUGAUUUUAACUGUGAGUUUUAUUUUCUGUUGUGUAUUUAAACGCUCAGUGUUAAGUAGUCAGAAGGAUCUUUUCUGGAAUUACAAUUAAACAACAAUAUGUAAAUACUGAGUGAAAUGGGGUGAGAAGUAUUUGGCCUUUGCAGUGUAAUAGGGUAAGUGUAUUAUAUGUACUAUGAACAGUGUUGGGAGUAACGGCGUUAAAACUAACGGCGUUACUAACGCCGUUACUUUUUUUCAGUAACGAGUAAUCUAACUAAUUACUAUGACUGUAACUAUAACGCCGUUACCAUUUCCGACACCCCGUUACUGCACGUUACUUUAGCAGCUCUAUGAACUUUUUUUUUUUAUUUCGCUUUGCCCUGGUUAACCCCUCCUCUGUCCGGUGAACUUGAGCUUCUGGCCGCUGUGCCUGUGGUUUGGCGUGGUGAAGUGAGGCACAAUUGUGACGAUUUGCGUGCUCUAAUCAAUUCAGUGAUUGCCGUGGACAACCCAAGUUCCGAAUUAAGGACGUUAAGCUCUUUUUAGCUGCUCCGGUUUUUGUGGUGCUGCUGCUUUCUAUUUUAGAGCUUAGAUUCUCUGCCCGAAUCCCACCUGACCUGAGGACCGACCCGAAAUCAGGCUCCUAUUUUUAUUUUAUAUAAAGCUCUGGUGUGAUAAUCACAAUGUUGCUAAGUAACCAAUUAUUAUUGUUCACUAAAGCGAACGAAAUAGCGAAAAUUGAAAGUGAAAAACAUUUGUGUUAACUGAAUCUAAUAAAAACGGUAAUUAAAAGGAAAAACAUAACUAUCUCGAACUGUAUUUUGUGUUUAUAAAACUAACUAAAACGAACUGAAAUUACUGAUAGAAUACCCUCAUUUUUGUGUUUAAUUUAUUUAUAAGCGCUGUUGUACAGCGGAGUUGUACAGCGGGAGUUGUUGUGCCGAGCGCGCGGCACUCGUGGUCCGUUAGUUCUUGUGUAAAGCGCUCGCGCUAGCAAGCCCACCCUAAAAUGAACAGAAAAAAUAAAAACAAAAUAAAAUUAAACUAUAAUAAAAAUGAAAACUGUAAUCACGUAGCUCUGGGCGAACGUGAACGCCUCCGCGUUUGACUUGCAGCAUUGUGUGUAGCUGUUCUUAAAAAUCAUUUAAAUUAAAUAAUAGUUCUAUGCUUCUAUGUUACAGUGUUAAUUAAUAUAAUUCUGAUUAUAUUUCGCUCAUUCAAUCAGCCCGAAAACAGACAGUUUAUGGGGCGGAUCGGGUCAGGCUCAUAAUGACAGUUUAUGGUUCGGGCUUGGGCAGAAUGUGCACGGGCUCCGGCUGGGUCGGAUUUUUUGGGCAUGAUCUAAGCUCUAUUCUCUUUUGGUGAAGCUGUUAUAUUAAUACCAUUUUAACGGGCAUUAAAUUGUUGUUUUUGUCCAUUAUUUUGUUUUAUAUAUACAUAUUUCUUUUGAGUGUGGCUUGGUUUGUUAAAUUUCAUCCCCAGACGCGUUUUUCCGCUUUUUUCAGUAUUACAAGUUUUAGUAAUUUUCUUUGGUUGUGUGGAGAAUUUCGUUUUAUUUUUUUGAAAUUCGUUAGAUUAUAUUUUUGUCAACAUUUUGGGUUUAUUUUCGUUUGUUAUUUUUUGUUAUUUUUCUAAUAAUAAUAGUAAAUGCAUAAUUGAUUUCCUUUUUUUGACGGGCGAAUAAUAAAAAGUAACGCAUAGUUACUUUUACUGGUAACUAAUUACUUUUAUAGUGGAGUAACUCCGUUAGUAACUCAGUUACUUUUUUGGAGAAGUAACGAGUAACUAUAACUAAUUACUUUUUC